AUUUCUAAAAAGCUUCCAAGACCAAGAGUACAUCGGAACAGUAAACCUAGUGAAGUUCUCUAAACAGACACACACAGUUUCUAAUUUCUAUACUAACUUCUCGGACUUUAAAUUAAUUUAGAGUUAAGAAAUCGUUUAAAAAGUAAGUUGGCUCUAACAGAAUUUAAUAUUGAAGCUGAAUCUUGAAUUUAGAAACUCAGUCUGCUCUCAAUAGGUAACGUCCGCCCUAUCUAAUUUGUUAUUUCUAUAUGUGACUUGUAAGUGUUUGAUCAAAGUCCCCUGUGAAUUGAAAUGUUAGCAGCAACCCUAGAGGUGGUAAAGACCGUCAUCUGCUGUUCUAAAAUGCACUGUCCAGGGAGCUACAAUUGCUGCAUAUCUCUUCUCACUCUUGCUCUUAUUGUCAGCAUACUUCCAUUUUGCCAUGGAGACUUAAUUAGAAGGGCGCUGAAUGUUGGAGAGGAGCUACAGAAGGAAACUCUACCAUUGAAAAGUGGUUCCUGCCUUUACCAGAUCAGUGGUUUAAAAUCGCAAACGUGGUACGAAGUGAAGAUAUCAUAUCCAGCUUCUAUUCCUGCUAGCUUUUCUAUUCAUCUAAAGCGAGAUGAUUCUAAUUUAGAGCUGAAACAACAAAGGAAACUGCUUAACACUGAGAAGCUCAUAUUCGAGAGUGGUGAUGCGAAAAUUUUUAGUGAGCAGGGUGGAACGUUUGUCCUGGUUAGUGUAGAGCCUGAAGGGUUUGUUGCAAUACCACAUGUACAAGAAAGGAAAGAGAUCAUUUAUAAUAUAGUUUGUGAUGAGCUAGUGCUGGGAAUCCCACACAAAGCCUGGUGGGUAGUAAUCCUGGUAAUCAUUUGUUUGGGAUUGGCAGCGUUGGUUCCACGUUUUCUUCCAUCAUAUCUUCUUGAGAAGGACCUCAGUCCACAAUUAAUUAAAGAAAUUACUUCAAAAGAUUCUUGAUCAAUUUUUUUAAGCUUUUAAGAUUAGUGCACAACAGAAUUGGAGAUUUUCCCCCUGAUGUGUAAGCUGAAACUUGUACCACAAAUCCAGUAAAGCUGAUAGCUGUAGUUAAGCUGAUAGCUGUUAUCCCAUAUGGCAGCUAAAGUUGUAUUAUUGUUUAUUUAUAUGGCCACAGAAAAGAUUUAUUUGGUUUGAAGGAUUACAUAAACUUCGCCUGAGGUGUCUAUUUUACUAUGGGUCCUUUUACAA